AUGGCCGACCCCGCCGACCAAGACAUCCGAGUCCACCUCACUGACGUGGACGUCGACCUCGAUGUGCAAGAGGUCCUCUUAGCCGCGUCGCAACAUGACCUCGCCAAACUGCGCCGGCUCUCCCGCACCCAGUCCUCCGUUCCCGACGCAGCAAACGUGAAAGAUCCCGAAACAGGGUACUCGCCGCUGCACGCCGCAAUUGCCGCCUGCGAGCCGGACCCCGAGGAAGAAGCGAACGGGGUGAAUGGCACCGGUGCCAACGGCGUGGAGACAAGCAAUGACGACCACUCUGCCGAGUCGGAGGUGAUUCGGUCGGGGAUUGACACGGUCAAGUUCCUGCUGCAGGAGGGCGCGAUCUGGAAUGACCUGGAUAACAAUGACGAGACGCCUGGGUGUCUUGCGCGCAGGAUCAAGGCGCAUGCGCUGUAUGAGUUGAUUGUGGAUGCCGGUGUGCGGGCGGAGCUGUUGCUGAAUCGGUUGGAUGGGUACGAGGAGCUCUCAGAUGGAGAGGAAAGCGACAACAAUGAAGAAAAGGAAGAAGAAGCAGAAGCAGACAAGCAGACAACAGAAGAAGAAAAGACGACAGAAGCGGAGGCACAGACCGAUGCGGACACAGUACCGCAGCUUGUGCAGGCCUCGACAGAAUCCGAUGCCACGGCCGGCACCAACCCCAACGUGACCAACCCGCGCUACCUCGACUCGCACCUCAACAUCCAGCAGGACAGGAUCCUGGACGAAGAUCAGAACGGGGUAAUGAUGGGCUGGGAGAGCGACAUCAUGCGCAAAUCCGCGCGGGCCCUCCUCCCAACGCCGGGACUGAACGUGCUGAACAUCGGGCACGGGAUGGGUAUCGUGGAUGGAUUUUUCCAGGAGCAAGGCCCGGCGAGCCACCAUAUCAUCGAAGCGCAUGCCGAUGUCGUCGCGGAGAUGAAGCAGCGCGGGUGGGACACCAAGCCCGGAGUAGUAAUCCACGAAGGCCGGUGGCAGGAUAUCCUGCCGGGGCUGGUGGCUGCGGGCGAAACCUUUGAUGCGAUCUAUUAUGAUACUUUUGCCGAGUCGUACAGCGAUUUCCGGGACUUCUUUUCCGAGCAAGUUAUUGGGUUGCUGGAGCAGGAGGGCCGAUGGGGCUUUUUCAAUGGGAUGGGAGCGGAUCGCCAGAUCUCGUACGACGUCUACCAGAAAGUCGUAGAGAUGGAUCUGUUCGAGGCCGGGUUCGACAUCGACUGGGAAGAUAUCCCGGUCCCUAAAUUGAAUGGCGAGUGGGAGGGUGUCCGAAGAGCUUAUUGGGUGGUCGAUAACUACCGACUGCCGCUGUGCCGGUUUAUGGAUUAA